AUGUCUUCAACACCCAAUAUAAUUAGAACAGAUCCAUUAAGUAAAGAUAUUUGCUUUGAUGCUAGAUCCGAAACUACCAACAAGAGCUUUGUUUCAACUAGAGUCGCUAACUCCAUGUACAACACCUAUUCAGGAACUACUAGUGAUUUGAGAAUUACUGGUAUGGUCUCAACAUCAUCGCAAUAUGAUGGUCGUCUUGAUAAUAAAACUGAUCCAUCCACCUUAGGUGAAGGAUUUGAUUUAAAUACCCUAACUGUCCCAAAUAUGUACAAUAGAGUUGCAUUUGGUUCUUUUGCUAUUACUGGUGACCAGGGUAUCAAAAAAGAUAUAAUUUUAAAAGCAACAAAAGAAAUGUGUUAUUCUAAAAAUAACUUACCAGUUGUCUAUGAUGUUUGGGGUUCAACACAAUCAGCUCGUAAUGUUGGCAUUGACAAACCAAAAGAAGUUACUAUGCCAAGAGAUUUCUCUGAAGAAAAGGUUAAUGGUCUUUUAGGUGGUCUUGAGCGUUUGAAAUCCAGAUCAAAAGAAAGAGGCGUUGGUGAUAUGAGACUAACAAUGACCGUUGGAGGAUGGCAAUUCUCUAACCCAUUCCACCAAAUGGUUAGAGAUGAAAAAACUCGUUGCGAUUUUACUGAUGGUAUCUUGGAUGUUCUUAAGAGAUUCCCAAUGUUUGACGAACUAAUUGUCGAUUGGGAAUACCCAGGCUCCUGUGAUCCACAACAAGGUAACCAAUUCUCUGAAGAUGAUACCAAAUUCUAUUCAUUUCUCCUUAAAGAAACAAGAGAAAAGAUGGACAAAUGCGACCUCGGUAGAAUUGAAUUAAAUAUUACUCUUCCAGGCACUGUUGACCAAUUAAAGAGAAUUGAUGUUCGUAAGAUCACUGAAUCUGGCGUCAGAAAUAUCUACCUUUUAACCAAUAACUACUUUGGCGAUUGGAAAGAAAGAGAAUUGGACCACAUUUCAUCAAUAAACCAUAUCAAGCCUGCUGUUGAACAUUUACUCUCUCUUGGUGUUAAUAGCAAAUGUAUCCACAUUGAAUAUAGCACACAUUCAAGAAACGUCACCAAUGCUAAAAUUGAAAGCCCAUGCCCAUUAAAAGGUACUUUUGAAAAAACUGAUAAGAUGAUUGUUGGUACAUUUGAAUCUGGUGUUAGCUCUUUUAAUGACAUCUUGGUCAACUACUUGGACAUUACCUCUGGCAAAGGUAAAAAUGGUUUCCAACUCUACACUGAUACCCGUUGUGACGCUGAUUUCCUCUACAAUCACCAAUCUAAAGUUUUCAUUUCAUUAGAUACACCAAGAACUGUUAGAGCUAAAGGUGACUACGUUCGUGAAAAGAAAUUAGGUGGUCUAUUUAAUCUUAGUAUCAGCUAUGAUGCCUCUGGUCUCUUGUUGAAUGCUGCAUGUGAAGGUCUCGGAUUAAAAGUUGAAAAACAAACCAUUGAUAUGUCCAAACUCUACUACAAAGGCUUAACCCAGUCCAUUACUACACCACAACAAUAA